GAGCCAAUCAGGUCCCUCCCCUGCCAUAGAUCGCAGCUAUAAUACAUAGCAGUAAAGGCAGACUCUUCGCACAAGCGUCUGUAGCCUGCCUAGCAUUUGAUUCAGAACCUUUUUGUCUUUUUUCACGCUGCAACGACCAGACUCCGAUGUGUUCCGUUAUCAACGACCAGAAGCUGUCAUUUCCGCACCUGCCACGGUAGGGAUCGGUGGAUAGUAAAAGAACCAGAAGAGAGGCAAGGGCAUUGGAAGCGGGGAAGCGAGAGCUAGCGAGCGAGAGAGACGAGCGAGAUCCAGAGACUACCAGCGAUAUAUACAUAAAGCUUUGAAGUAAUUAGAUUCGAUGGACGAAAUGCUGCUGUUAACAAGAAUUGUGCUGGUAGGCUUCGUCUGCUUGUCCUUCGUGUCCUCUGGGUUGGCUUGUGGACCAGGCAGAGGCUACGGAAGGAGAAGACACCCGAAGAAACUGACACCUUUAGCUUACAAGCAGUUCAUUCCCAACGUUGCCGAGAAGACCCUUGGGGCCAGCGGCAGAUAUGAAGGCAAGAUCACUAGGAACUCUGAGAGAUUUAAGGAACUGACUCCUAAUUACAAUCCUGACAUUAUCUUUAAGGAUGAAGAGAACACUGGCGCGGACAGGCUUAUGACACAGAGAUGUAAGGACAAGCUGAAUUCAUUGGCAAUUUCAGUCAUGAACCAGUGGCCAGGAGUUAAACUGCGGGUGACAGAAGGCUGGGACGAGGAUGGACACCAUUUCGAAGAGUCUUUACACUACGAGGGAAGGGCCGUGGACAUCACUACCUCAGACAGAGACAAAAGCAAAUAUGGCACGCUGUCGAGGCUUGCGGUGGAGGCUGGAUUCGAUUGGGUCUAUUAUGAAUCUAAAGCUCAUAUUCAUUGUUCUGUCAAAGCAGAAAACUCUGUUGCUGCUAAAUCUGGAGGCUGCUUCCCAGGGUCGGCUUCAGUUACCCUCAAAGAUGGAAGUAGGAAACUGGUCAAAGAUCUUAAAGCUGGUGACAAGGUGCUGGCCGCGGACGGUGAAGGAAAGCUCACAUAUAGUGACUUCGUUAUGUUCGUGGACCAAGACUUAGAAUCACGAAGAGUGUUUUAUGUCAUUGAAACGAAAGAACCGCUCAAGAAGAUCAUCCUUACCGCUGCGCAUCUUCUCUUUGUUGAGAAUAACGCAACGGAUAACUUCGAUACUAUGACCGCAAUAUUUGCCAGCAACGUCAAGCCUGGACAGAAGAUAUUCGUGGUAGAUGAUACACACAACCAACUGAAGUCUGUCACAGUGGAAAGGAUUUAUAUGGAAGAACACUACGGCUCAUUUGCUCCAGUCACCGCUCAAGGAACCAUUGUGGUUGAUCAGAUACUCGCAUCCUGCUACGCAGUAAUAGAAGACCACAAGUUGGCGCACUGGGCCUUCGCACCUGUCAGGCUAAGCUACGGACUGACGUCAUUAUUAUUUCCUAAAGCUUAUUCAGUGUCGAACAGCACCUUUCAGGAAAACGGUGUCCAUUGGUACUCCAAGAUUUUAUAUCAAAUAGGAACAUGGGUUCUGGACAGCCACUCUCUUCAUCCACUGGGGAUGUCAAUAAACUCAAGUUGAAACGUCUAACAGCAAUGCGAAAUAAGACUUAUGUAGGAUAAUAAAUGAAAGUAGAGAUAAAGACAGAGGCCCCGGAGGAGAUGGGAUAUUUAUUUCAUUGACAUUUACAUGUGUCCUUUUCAAAGAAUAAAUGGACCUGCAAGAGCCUUAAAACUUUUCUUUGAAUAAUUUAUUCUCAUGUGAACUCUCGCUGGUACCACGCGAAUGGAUUCUAAUACUGUGUGACCAGUCAAUUGUGCAGAAUCUAUUUUUGUAUUAUAUCACGAGUUAACCGCAAAGAAAAAAAAGAGAAAUGUAAAAAGAGAAAACCUCUUGACAGUUUGUAAUGUUCUGUGCAUAUGUGCAUCUGACUGUUAUAUUUUGGGGGAUAAACAUACUUCUUGGGGGUCCAUAAAUUAUAUUUUUAUACACAGAAUUGUAAAUUAGAUUUUGACAGAUCGUUACUUACGGAAUCACAUUUCGUUAUUUGAAAUAGUGUAAGAUACGAGAAUAUAUUUUAAUUUAAAUAGUUACAAAAAGUCUUGGAAAUCUUGUAUUGUUUUGUGUUUGUUAAGAUUUUUAUUCUUUUGUGAACUGUUUGGUUAUGGCUAAUUUGCUAAAGCGGGGAAGAUUCCAUAUUCUGCCUCGUGUCCACACUACUUUUUUUGUUUCUUUUAUUUUCUCUUUCGUUUUCUGUUUUUAUUUGGAAAAAAAAAUUAAAUGCACAUUCUGACAGUUUCGUAAUAUGAUAUAGUAGUACAGAACAAGAUGUUUCAUUAAUAAAUUAAUAAGUAACUGCUGUAAAUUUACUAAAAUGUAUUUUUUUUUCAUAUUUUGUAAUAGGAAAAUAGUUUUAUAGAAAUAAAAUGCGGCAGAUGCACAGUUUGGAUAGUAGCUAUAUGAUACAUAAGGUAACCGUACCAGUUAACUUUCAUAACAGGGCGAGAUGUCAUAAAGAAAUGUUUAGAGUUUAUUAUUUAUAUGUUUACUACGAAAUGAGAUAAAGAAAAUAUUCAAACUUU